GAAAAAGACUGACAUAGUUGUGAAAGUGCAGUUCAUGAGCGGGCGGCGACCGGGUCUUUAGUGAUAGAAUCUUUUAGAAAUUCGUGACUUGAUCAGUCGAUCACGGGUAGUGAUCGAAUCAUUACAACUCGAUCAAUCACCAUCGACCAGCUCUAGUUGGUUGAGAAUCAUUCUUAUCUGGCAUACCAGGUAUCAUGUAGGUACAUUGUAGGUAUUGAUUUGAGAAAAGGUUAUAUUUUGCUGUCACUGUCAAAAACACGCCGCUCCGUGGAUGAUGUUUAUUGUGUGUGAAACGUGAAAUCAGAAAGAAUCUGUAAAUUUUCUUUGGAAUGAGAAAAUGAGUUGUUGUUUAUGAAUAUUAAUAUCACAUUACUGUUAAAUACAUUCGUCUAUCGGGCUGUACGCUAAUAAAUCUUUACCGCUUGUAAAAUGAAGUCUGAAGAUACCAACAUCAUGUUACUGUGCAAUUUUGAUGAAAAUUAUAAUGAAGAACCUGAAAACAUUAAAAAGUUAUGGUUGGGAAAAUGGCUAAUAGAAGAUAUAUAUACUUAUAAGGAAAUAAUAGCCACAGAGCUUGAAACUGAAGCCCUUAUAAAUUUAUUGAAGAAAUACAGGGACCAAGAUAUAUGUACUAAUAAGAUAUUGGAUAUUGCUAUCAAGUCAUUGCUCACUUUUUGUGAUGUGAAUUGGAAUUCUCAUCCGGACAAUUUAAAUUUGGAAGAAUAUCUGGGUAUGAAAUGGCCAGAGAGUAUAGAUGUUUCAGUGAAACUUCAGAAAGAUUCGGAACCUAUUUUUAUAAAUAUUUUGUAUCCUGAGCUUUUAUAUUUGUCAUCACAAGUUUUCAAUGCACUGUAUACUGUUGAAGGAGAUCUUUUGCACCUCUGGUGGAGUUUCAGAGCAAAAGUGGUUCAUCAGAGAAUACUCGAAGACACAAGUGCUUCUUUAUACUCUGACUUGGAGCUCCUAAUAGCUAAACUCUCGAAUGAGCUUCAGAGUCUACAAGAUAAGCCUCGGCUGCAGAUCCUACUGUGUCUAGAAAUCGCUCAGGCGUACUUGCUCUAUGCUAGAGUUUAUAAGAUUGAGGAAUACUUGUUGAAGGCUAGAGAUCUGGCUGGUUUGAAGUUGGAAUUAACUGGUAUAUUGGGAAAGAGAACAAAAUUCCAGCAGAAAUCAUUGCCCCAGCUAGCACUAUCCAGUGAGCUGGAUUCAGAAGUAGACCGACCCUCAGCCGAGGAGAGCCACGGUGCUUCUGAACUGCCCCUUGAUAUUGAGCUGCAGGAUGACGUGAGACUGGACAAGAUCCAGUACAAUGAGGCGAUCAACCAAGCAGAUUUGCCUAGUCUGGAGCAAACUUUGUGCUUGUUGACUGUGCAAUACCUUCAAAAAGCCCAGCCAAAGGACGACUUAGCAACUGAAGAGAUACAACCGUACAUUACUGCCGUCCUGUCCCAGAACAAAGGUCCUUGGGCAACUCGAGUGGCUGCUUUACUCAUCCGAUGCAAGUUGGAGGCAAACCACAAGCGAACGGUUGAGAGGUCUAUGUUGCAGUGCGAGGCCAUUGUCAAUGACAAAACUUGUGUUUCGCCUACAAGCAGAUUGUCGUACCUGUGGGCGAGCGGUCUGCAGCCGUCGUGGACGUGGCGGCAGCAGCUGGCCGAGCUGUACGGCAGUCUGGGGCUGGUGAAGGCGGCGCUGCACGAGUACGAGCGGCUGCAGCUCUGGGAACACGUGUGCGAGUGCUACACCAUGCUGCAACUGCGGCAUAAGGCGGCGGAAAUAAUAAAACAACAGAUAGAUAUAAAUCCUACCGUCAAGUUGUAUUGUCUUCUUGGCGAUGCUACAGACGACAUCUCGUGUUACGAGAAAGCGUGGCAGUUCUCCGGCGAGCGCAGCAGCCGCGCGCAGCGACAAUGGGGCGACCACCUGUUCCGCCGCAAGCAGUACGAGGACAGCAUACCGCACUACGAGAAGUCGCUCGAGAUCAACUCCAUACAGGACUGCGUCUGGAUGAGGCUCGGUUACGCCGCCCUGUCGUGUGAGCAGUGGGACACGUCCGCGCGGGCCUACCGCCGCUACACGUACCUGCAGCCGCACUCCUUCGAGGCCUGGAACAACCUGGCCAAGGUGUACGUGCACCAGGGGGACAAGCUCAGGGCCUACAGGGCGCUCAUGGAGGCGCUCAAGUUCAACUACGAUAACUGGAAGUUGUGGGAGAACGUGAUAAUAGUGAGCCUGGACACGGGGCACUUCGAAGAUGUGAUCCGAGGGGUCCACCGGAUGCUGGACCUGCGGAGCAAGUAUGAGGAUACUGAGGUGCAGGCGGUGCUGGUGCGGGCCAUCGCUGAAGAUCAGAAGGAUGCCGACGGAAAUGGUGCUGGAAGGCUCCGCAAGCGCGCGCUGGAGCUGUUCGGCAGACUGACGUCGGCGCACGCGCAUGCGCCGCUCAGCUGGCAGCUGUACUCCGCGCUCAGCGCCACCUACUUGCUGAAGGCGCAGCGUCUGCUCCGAGCCUACAGGGGGUUCACUCAGACUGGCAACUGGUCAAACGAUCCUAACACUUGCAAGAAAGUCAUCGAAGUGGUUCAAGACAUGCUGGAUUUCAGCCUAAAAGCCAGGAAAGAAUGUGAAGACAAAGAUAAGCUGCAAUGCGAUCAACAACUCUCCUCCGCGAGACUAACAGGGCAGGCGGUCAUACGGGCAGUGGAGAAACAGGACUGGCCCGAAACUAAAGAAAGUUUAAAAGAAUUAAAAGUAAUGUUUAGCGAUGUGACAGAAUAUAUGAAAUCAAUUAUUUAA